ACCUGUAAGAUGACUGUAAUGGAUUCAUCAAUAUAGCAGAUAUUAUCUAUAUGUGUUUGCUUAUAGUGUAAUUACAAGAACAAUCAGUCAAUAUACAUUCAUUUGUGAGGACAAACUGAUUUUAAUGAGUUCAUUUUUGUUAUUUGUGCAGGUUUACUGAGUGUCUAUUGAUAAAGAGAUGAACACUGCAGAGAAAAUAACUCUCUUCUGUUAUCUUCUAAAAGGAUCCUCCUCAAAUCUCCAAGUCCUCUAGCUGUUCCAGUAUUGAUGUAAGUGAGGUUGAUGGGAAUCUCUCUCCUGAAGUAUAGUGGCAUCUGUCUGGACGUCCUGUCUCGAACACUUCAAACAUGUUCAUCAGUGAAGAGCGAUUGAGCAACACAAGCUUGUGGAGCUUCAUCUCUCUAGAUCUCUCUUACACACAAACACUCUGCUGUGUGUCAGUAAAAACACUGGUGGCAAUGCAACUCAACUAUUUCAUCUUCGUCACUCAACAAAAAUGUAGAAAUCUACUCUUUAUUCUGAUUGGAGCUGCUGCUGGAGCUUUGGUGAUUGUGAUGUUGUGUGCCGUUACAUAUAUAUGUGUCCGUAUUUUUAGUUUUAAGAAACACCUUGGUAGCUGCACUGGUUUGACUGUUUUCUUAUUUCUGGACUGAGUGUCAGUUAAUAAAGAGAUGAACACUGCUGAGAAAAUCAUUUCUGUUUGUUUUCUCCUGCAAGGUGUGUGCUGUAGAGAUUUCAGCAUCAGUUUGCCAGAGAAGAUUCAAGCUCUCAGUGGAUCCUGUGUGAUUAUAAAGUGCAGAUUUGACAUAAAAGAGUCAUAUGAUAAAGACCUCACUGAGAGAGCUGCUGGAGUCUGGUAUAAAGACAGACAUGAUAAGAGCAGCAGUAUAGUGUUUAACUCCAGUGCAUCAACCCAGAACUUUUUUAUUAAAGGGAAUAUAACUGGACAAUUAAUAGACAAGGACUGUACCACUGUCUUUUAUGAUGUCACAUCAAAUCACAGUGGUCAGUAUUUCUUCAGGAUUGAGAGUGAAGGUGAACUGAGAUGGACCUACAAAGAAAACAGUGUUUCCGUAGAUGUGAUUGAAACUUUGGAGAAUCCUCGAGUUGUGCUGUAUGUGGAUGGGCAGGAGCUGCAGGAUCAGCAGAAGGUGUUUGAGGGCAGAUCUGUGAGUCUGCGCUGCUCUGCUAAGACUCUCUGCUCUUCUCCUCCAGCAACUCUCACAUGGAGCUCCACUGCCAGAAUUCCCCACAGUGAGAGCAUUAAUCUAAAGGAGCUCAUCAUCUCUGAUCUGAACUUCACUGCUGCCCAGCGGCACCACAGAGUCACUUUCACCUGCUCUAUAAGCUACCAGCUGCAGGACAACAACAAAACAGCUAACAGCAGCAUCACAUUACAUGUGCAGUAUGCUCCUCAGAUCUCAAACUCCAGCUGUUCCAGUACUGAUGUUACUGUGUGUUUCUGUGAGGUUGAUGGGAAUCCCUCUCCUGAAGUGGAGUGGCAUCUAUCUGGAUGUCCUGUCUCGAACUCUUCAAACACGUUAAUCAGUGAAGAGCGAUUGAGCAACACAAGCUUGAGGAGCUUCAUCUCUCUACAUCAGUCUCUCACACACACAAACACUCUGCUGUGUGUCAGUAAAAACACCCGUGGCGCAUCAACUCUACAGUUUCAUCUGGUCUUUGUCCCUCAAAAAGAAAUCUAUAUUCUGAUUGGAGCUGCUGCUGGGGCUUUGGUGAUUGUGCUGUUGUGGGCCGUCACAUAUGCAUAUACAUGUGUCCGUAGAAAAAACAAUGAAAAAAUUCAACCAACUAACCAAGAAGAAGGUGCUAAUGAAAGUGUUGAAAAUACAGAUGAAGAGAAUCAAGACGACUCUGCAAAUAACGUCAUAAUAUCAUCUGCUGGAGCCACUACAGCAAAUCAAAAAUCCAUCAUUUAUUCCUCCAUUGACUUCUCAAAUUCUGAAUCACGCUCACAGCAGGUGGUUAGCGUCUCCUGUCUUCUUGCUGACUAUGCAGUGGUCCAGCAUGGUUCUGGCGGAGCAGCAGAAGCAGAGUUCAGUGAGAGAGUCUUCAAGAUCGACAGAAGCACAGGUGAAAGUGAGAGCAGAUGAGCUUACUAAAAAAACACAGUCAAAGCAAUUAGAGGAAGAGCUGUUUGGAGAAGACUUUAUGCAAAGGUCCAUAAACACCAUAGUCCUUAGAGAACAUCAGCAUGACUGUUUGAUCAAGACAAAGUGCAGUUCAGAGUGUUGGCUUAGAAUAUUCAAAAUUUGUAAAGCCUUUUUUCUUGUCUCAUCAAUCUCUGUAUGUCACAAUGAAUUUGUUUUUAGUAGAUUUUUAUACGUAUAUAAUCUAUAGAUUUUAUGCAAUAUUUGCUGUUUUUAUUGAAAAGAAUGAAACUUUUAUUGAUUCAAUGAAACUUAACAAAAGUGUUCAUUUAAGUUGUCUUUGAAAAGCAUGUAAACUGAUUUAUAUGUAAAGUUCUCAAAAAUGUUUAAUAAAUGAAAAGGAUGUAGCGUUUACAUGUAUGAAAGAGAUAUUCUGUAAUGUAAAGUCAACAUGUCAUGCAAAUAAAGUUAUUAAUUUAAUCUUUA